GCCGGGUGCCUCAGCUCUGGGCAGCUCUGCUCUGCUCGGCCGCUGGUUCCCAGAGGACAGCAGGUGAGCAGGGCCCUCAGGUCUGAACCUCCUUGCCCAUCUGCAGAAUUGUCAAACACCUGUCCUUUAUACUGCACGGAGGCCAGCAGGCAGGAUGACCCAAAACAUGCUGGUGGUGAAUGGAGUCGACGUGGCCUCUACGCUGUCCCAGCCCACUCACAUCGACAUCCACAUCCACCAGGAAUCCGCUUUGGCACAACUGCUGAAAGCUGGGAGUUCCCUGAUGGAGCACCUGUCCCACCGUCCUGCCAAGGCCAGGAUAGGCUACGGACAGCUGGCACUAGGGGUGACCCAGAUAUUGCUGGGGGCUACGAGCUGUGCUCUUGGAGGGCUUCUCUACUUGGGGCCCUGGAUUCAGCUGCGUGCCUCAGGCUGUGCCUUUUGGGCAGGGUUUGUGGCCAUUGCAGCAGGAGUUGGGGCCGUUGUCCAUGAGAAGCACUGGGGAAAACUUUCAGGCUGCAUAUCAAGUCUGCUCACCCUGGCUGGCAUUGGCACGGCCGUGGCUGCUGUUGUCUUCUGUGUGAAUAGUUUAACCUGGCAACCUGAUGUCUUCUAUGACAUCAGCUCCGUGUGUGAUUCCUUAGUCCCUGCCACCCCCACCUUUGGGUACCAACAGACUGGACGAAGCAAUUCCUAUUCAUCAUGGAAGGAGGAGCGCUGCAGAAACUACAUGCAAAUGCUGAUGGAUUUGUUCCUAGGAAUCCGUGGUCUGCUCCUGGCCGUCUGUGUCCUGCAGGUCAUUGUAUCCUUGGCUUCCCUGGGCGUGGGUCUUCGAUGCUUCUGUGGCCAGAGCUCCCGGGCCCUGGAUGAAGAAGGGUCCGAGGAGAAGCUGUGGGGGAAGAAUUCAGUGCCUUCCUCCCCCCACAAGAAGAAGAGCACAGCUGUUGUCCUGUGAGCAGCCAAAGACCCUACCUGGACCCUGCAUGUCCCUCCAGAGUAGCCCAGGGCCCCUCACUGCCCUGUCCCUCACACUUGCCUCCUUUGGCUGCUCCCCAUCACCCCAACACCCUCACCCAUUGUUCCCACUCCAGGGUCCUCAAUUCAGUGAACAGGUAUUGUCACAUUUUCCCCAAUGCUUAUUAAACAGAAACAACCACAAAAAAAUGAUUUUGUGCAGAAAGGA